AUGGCAUUAGACGAUGAAAAUGAUUUCAAUUCAUUCAUUAUUGAGAGUAAAAAUCUAAGUUCAAAUAAAAUAAUGAAUGCCAGAGGUGCAACAGUAGAAGUUCCACCUUCCUACCCUGUAUUCGGAAUGGCUUAUGCCAUUAAAGUCAAUAAACAAUUGAAUAUUUCACAACCAAUAUCUUCAAUUUCUGAUUUAGUUUCAACCCUUCAUGAAGAAAAACUAACCAUAAAUGGUAUUAAAGAUUUAAACAACGAAUAUCUAAAAGAAGAACUAGGGGUUACAAAACACAGAUGGCUAAUAAAUAUUAAACAAGCUGCAAGCAAAUAUUAA